AUGAUGCCAUCGACAUUGAUGACACCAGUGAAAGAAAAAGAUGGACACUUCGACGAGAUUGAGCUUCGAAUAAACCCUACCGAGCACUUUACUGAGCGAAAUGCUUCUUUAAAGAGAAAUAAUAGCAUGUCCACUUCGGCACUGCGAGCUCGACGCACGGGAUCCCCAAGUGGAAAUGAUGAAGUGAUGUUGUUGAGUCGACCAAUCUCAUUGCAUUCCGAUCAUUGCAUGCCGAUUGAACAGCAAAAAAGUGUUCCCACUCCAUUGAUUGAUCAUUCGAAUCGAUCUUCAUCACCGCAUCUCUCACCGGAAAAUCCCCUCCCACGAGCUCCAUCAACAACUGGAUCCACGAGUAGUCAUGAAGGAAAUACCAACAAUGGAUCAAAGGAUGACGAUCCAUCGAUCGAUCAAUCACAUGACGCCAUUCACGAGGCUCGCCUAUUCGCAAAGAAAAAAUAUUUCUCUGAACGGCCCACAAAUAAAAAUAUCUUUCGACGGUAUUUCCAUCCGACUUUUCAUCAACGAUCUAUUCAAUUUCGAAAGAUUUUCUCCGGAACUGUGCCCGAUGAGGAUCGAUUGCUUUAUACUUUCUCAUGCGCUUUCCAACGAGAAAUCCUUGCUCAGGGUCGAAUCUUCAUUUCUCAACAAAAUGUCUCCUUUUAUGCAAAUAUUUUCACAUGGGAAACGCUAUUCGCAAUACCGAUCAAGGAUAUUAAAGGGAUCACAAAAGAAAGAGCGGCAAAGAUUUUCCCGAACUCGAUUCAGAUCGAGACUCGAAAUGAUGAGCGCUUUUUCUUUGCCUCAUUUAUCAAUCGCGAGAAAACAUUUACUGUUUUGGAGACUGUUUGGAAAGCCGUACAAGAGGAGAAGGCAAUUUCCCCGGAAGAGCUUUGGGAAUUGAUGAAUCCUGAAGAGGACGAGCAGAAAUUUCCCAACAGCAAAGUGAAGAAGUCACGAUCGAGCGAGAGUAUGAACAAGAAUCACUCAGCUCCAACCCUGUCUCCAUUAUCCGUUCCACCCACUCCACUCUCUCCACCAGAUUCCGAAUUCCCGUCGAUUUCCGAGAUACACGAGCUAGCUGAGCCAUCCGAGUGUCCAUGUGAGAGUCAUUUCGGUCGAAUUCUUCUUGAUCGAUGUUUCGAUUUGCCGGUAGACGAAAUGUACACAAUUCUUUUCACCGACACUCCAUGGUUUCAUCGUUUCAAUGAGCAAAUCAAGAACUCGAUUCAUUCUCGUGUUCCCCGGGGAAUCUCAGAUUAUGCGGCAUCAGAUUGGACAAUGGAUCGAGAAGGAGGAAGACAGAGGACUGUCACUUACACAGUGGCACUCAAUCAUGCAAUGGCACCAAAGAGUUGCACUGUCACUGAGACACAGGUUUGUUCUCAUUUGAGUGCUGAUGGUUUCGUCGUUCGGAAAGAGUCUCACAAUUCGGGGGUUCCUUAUGCCGAUUCGUUUGCCGUUCUCGUCACAUAUUGUGUGACAAGGGUCACAUCCACCUCAUCUCGUGUCCGGGUUCACGGUGGAAUCGACUAUCGGAAAAGCAUUUGGAGUAUGAUGAAAACUUUCAUUGAGAAGAACACGAAUCAAGGCCUUGAUGAGCAUUACGCUGCUUUGCACGAUUCGUUGAGAGAUGAGAUUCGAAGACGACAAAAUGGAUUCAUCGAGGAGGCGAUUCGCGUUGAACCAAGCACAUCAGAGGUGGUGGAGUUGGUGGAAACGGUCGAGCAGCAAAAACACCUCCAACCAACUCCAAGACGUGAACGUCUCCCAACUUUCCCUCGAUCAGUCUCUGUGGCGGCUUCACGAGUGAAUUUCCUCGAUCAGACACAAAUCGAGCGACAACAUUUACCCGCGACUUUCGAUUUCUAUGCAAGGCUCACUAUAUUACUCCUCGUUUGUAUUCUGUUGGUGAACGUGGCUACGUGGUGGCUCCAUUUCCGGGCUGAAUCCCCGCGAUCUCCAUUCUCAAAUGUACCUGGGCACACAGUCGAGACGCUGGCUGAGGCCGUGGAAAAGAUUUCCGUCGAGUUGCGCCGUUUGAAAGAAGGGAAAAAUGAGUUG